AUGGACCUGCUUUUGUCUUCGUUGAAUGAAAAGCAACUUGAAUCCGUGGUCUUCGAUCAUGGUAAGGCAUUGCAAAUUGUAGCUGGUCCUGGUACCGGUAAGACUAAAGUUUUAACGACAAGAGUAGCAUAUCUGCUUCUCGAGAAAGGGCUGAACCCAAGCGACAUCGUCAUCACAACAUUCACUAAAAAGGCAACUCUGGAAAUGAUCGAACGAAUUGGCGUUCUGCUCGAGGGCACUUCAAUAAAUCCCAAAAGCUUAUGGAUAGGAACCUUCCACUCAAUCUGUGCUCGUGUUUUAAGACAGCACGGGUGGCGUAUAGGACUCCCGAAAGACUGGAGGACGUUUUCAGAUAGCGAUACUGACCCGAUUUUCGCAAAACUAGUGGAAAAAAUCCCAGACCAGAUACGAGACCACGCACACCGAUACGAUAGAAAAGUCAACCUUUUAAGGCCCAAUUCCUCUCGUGACUGGGCGGUACAUCCGGCUGCCGUAAAGAAAAUGGUGUCGUGGCUCAAGUCCGAAGGUAUCACCGCUGAAGAGUACCGCGCUCAAAAUGAGCAUGAUCCCGCACUUCUACACUUCUAUGAACAGUACCAAGCUGAGCUUAUAUCCCAGCAUGCGUUGGACUUCGACGAUUUGCUUCUCAAUGCUUUCAAAUUACUUGCUAAGCAGAGAUGUCUGUCCAACAUAAAGCAUGUACUCGUUGACGAGUUUCAAGAUACCAACAGCAUACAACUGAAUCUGAUGUACCUUUUUGCCCGGGGUAAUGGUUCCCGCUCCCAAGGUAUCACUGCGGUUGGCGAUCCAGAUCAAAGCAUUUACGGAUUUCGCAACGCUCUCGCCGGAAAUUUUCAAGAUAUGGUAACGCAUUGCCCAAUUCCCUGUUCACGUAUUGUUCUGGUAGAAAACUAUCGAUCGUCUCAGAAAAUUCUAACUACAAGUGAAAUGUUAAUCAAGCAACAGCUAACAGGCCGCGAAGACCGACUUCCAUUGAGGGCUCAGUUCGAUAGCGGAUUUCCUCCUGUCUAUAUUGAGUUUCCUGCAAAGUUCUUGGAAUCGAGAGCUCUCGCUCGAGAGAUUCUUUACCUUCGUUCCUUACCUAAUCUCUGGAACUACAACGACUUUGCUCUUUUGGUGCGGCACCGCCGGCAAAUAAGACCACUUGAAACUUCACUUAUCGAGCACAGGAUUCCUUAUAAGAUUGUUAAUGGACGUGCGUUCUGGGAGUUGAAGGAAAUUAAUGGGAUGAUGGACCUAUUAAAGUGCGUCUAUUCUGAUUUUGAGAAGAAUGCAAUUCUGCGAGCUUUGCAGUAUCCGGCCAGAGGAUUAGGUGCUGCAACAGCCAAGAAGUUGGAAACAAUCGCCAGUGAAUACGAGACGCCGUUUUCAGCCCUCAAUGCCAUAGUAAGUGAUCCCAGGAAACUUGAAGUGCCGACAAAAGCCGUAUCCGUAAUCCAAGAGUUCUUAGCUCUUAUAACCGGCUGCAGAGAACUCCUGAACACUACGUCGGACUUACAAGUUAUAAGCACUAUCUUCGAUGAACUCUACGAGAAGUCUGGCUUACAGUAUGAAUAUCUCUAUGUGGAUGGUAAGAAAAAGGCCGAUGUCAAUCCUAAAGGCGAUCCUAAUUUUGCGAACAAAAGGCAUCUCAAUAUCCAGCUCUUGAGAGAACAUGUCUCCAUUUUCAAGCCAAUGAACGAUGAUCUUGCUCAAAGAGACGGUCCUGGUGACGAAAACUUGAAGGGCACUAAAGAACUCAAUAUACAUGACGUUCUAAGAGAGUUCAUCGACUCGGUAAAUCUUUUCUCGACCGAAACUGAAGUCGACGAGUCUCAAAUGUCAGAGAAGCAAAUACGACAGAAGAAGCAGCGAGAAAAGGAGGGAUUUGUUACUAUUUCAACUAUACAUGGCGCUAAAGGUCUCGAAUGGCCCGUGGUUAUGAUACCAGGUUGCGUCGAAGGCGUGAUACCGUGCGUUUUUGGUAAUAAAGAAGAUACAGACGACAGUGAUAACGACUCAGAAUCAGAAAGUACUAAGACAAGUGCAGGCCCGAAUAGCCCCAAGAAGAAGAAACCAAAAACCAACGAAGGUUCGCUGGAUGAAGAAAGACGGAUGUUCUUUGUUGCACAAACUAGAGCGAAAUUCUUGCUCUAUCUUACAGCAACAUCUAGUAACGACUCAGAGUCAAAAUAUGAGUCUUCAAAGCCAAGUAGGUUUUUGACAACUGACCUGAUCAGCACCAUGUGUCAAGAGCAAAAGGUCUUCGAAUCUAAGGAUUCAAUUCAACAGUUGUAUUCUGCUGUGGGCAGGCCUUUGCCAUCUGAAACGCAAUCAUUCUCCGUAAUGGCUCUAGUCAAGGAUUAUGCCAGUUUUAUCAAUUAUCGAAGAGAACGAAUGAUAUGGAGAGCCACUACUGUGAUUGACACGGCAAGGAUAAAGCUCGACGAAAACACUAGUCAUGCACCCGCCUCUCAUGGAAUAAUAACAGCUGCAACAUACUUGAAAGCGUCAUCAUCAGCAUACGUUGGUUCGAACAAGGCUCCCUAUCAAAGCAUAACACACAGAAAUCAAGCUACAGCUAGGACAACAUCAGAUCUUAGCGCAUUUUCUGGUCAGAGACGUGCGCCGUCUCAUUCACUUUCUAGAAGCUAUUCUAUUGGUUCUGCGCCUGCUAAAUCCUAUGCGCCUAAGAGUUCCCCCUGCAAGGCCAACAAGAUUCACCAGUCAUCGUCAUAUGCUCCUAAGCCUGAGGUCAUACCCGCAGGUACAACUAAGUCUAUUUCAUCGAGUGAGAGCUUCCCAGAUUCAGCGAAAAUUGAAUCACAGUGUCAGACGCCGGGCCUCGCUCCUGUUGUUAAAAGAGCAGGUCUCAAAUCUCGAAGAAAGAUAGUGGCAGAUUCCAUCGAACUGGGAGAAAUGCCUCCUGUUGACAACGAGCCUUCCGUAAGUAGAGAGGGGCUCAGUGCAACUACAGAGAAAAGUACACACGCUGUUGAGCGGGGCUUACUCUACCAAUCGAAAAACAAUUUCAAGACUGAGGAAGGACUGGAUGUUGCUGGCCGGACCGGCACGAAGUCAAGUGUUUCAAUUCCCACCACAGGUAUCAGACGACAUAGAAGUCCUGAAAAAAACUCUCAAAAGAAGGUCAAGCUGGAAGCUGUCAACAAUGGACCUGAUAUAAUGUCAAGACUCACCAAGGCAAAAAAUAGGUCACUCGAACCAAAAGACACAGUAAUCAUCAUAGACUGA